ACCAUGGCCAGCCAAUUGUGUCUUCCCAUCCUCCCAAGACAGCAUACUUUGGGAACAUCCUUGACUCCACACUUCGGGAACAUCCAAGAGGGCAUUCAAGUGGCUAUCCAGCGCAGCAAUGGGCAGAUCCAUCUGGCUAUGGUUAGGGAGAUCAAACCAGAAAGCUCUUGGGUCACAGUAGAGUGGAUAGAAAACGGUGUCACUAAAGGUAAGAGGAUUGACGUGGAGACCAUCUUUCUGCUGAACCCAGCUUUGAUCUCUGCCCAAGAACCCAAUUCAUCCAGGUCCUUCUCUUCCCUGUCUUCAGUGCCUUCUUCAGCCACUGGGGACCAGCGUAUGGUCUCAAAGUGGACUGCAAAGACUUCCCAAAUCAAAGAAAUGCCUUCAGUGGAGAGCCUAACCGAAUCUGUGAGGGUUCCCAGCAAACCUAAGCUGAUGAAGCAGAAAAAAUCUCCCUGUGUACGGGAAAUAGAAAAAUUGAGACUCAAGAGGGAGAACCGCCGAAGGCAGCAGCUAGAAAUCCGAGCCCAGCGUGCCCUAAAUAUCAACUCUGGAAAUCCCAACUACCAGAUCAUGGAGAUGAUAGAAGAGUGUCGCAGACAACUACACAGCAACAAACUGAUUGCCUUGGAGCCUCGGGAAGACCAUCGCAUCUGCGUCUGUGUAAGAAAGCGCCCCCUUAACCAACGAGAGACCAACAUGAAUGACUUGGAUAUCAUCACCAUCCUCUCAGAAAACGUGGUCAUAGUACAUGAGUCCAAGCAAAGGGUGGAUCUCACUCGCUAUCUGGAGAACCAAACCUUCUGCUUUGAUCAUGCCUUUGAUGACACCGCAUCCAAUGAGUUGGUGUACCAGUUCACUGCCCAGCCGCUGGUGGAAUCCAUCUUCCGCCGGGGCAUGGCCACUUGCUUUGCCUAUGGUCAGACGGGUAGUGGGAAAACCCACACCAUGGGUGGAGUAUUUUCAGGAAGGAAACAAGAUUUUUCAAAUGGCAUGUAUGCCCUGGUGGCACAAGAUGUUUUCCUUCUCCUUCAGAGCUCAACUUAUAAGAGCCUGGACUUCAGAGUCUAUGGGACCUUUUUUGAGAUUUAUGGGAGCAAGGUUUUCGAUUUGUUAAACUGUAAGAAGAAACUGCAGGUUCUUGAGGACAGCAAUCAGAAAAUGCAGGUGGUUGGGCUACAGGAACAGGAAAUGUGUUGUGUACAGGAUGUGUUGAAACUGGUGGAAUUAGGCAAUAAUUACCGGACUUCUGGACAGACAUCAGUCAAUGCUCACUCAUCAAGGAGCCAUGCUGUGUUCCAAAUAAUCCUCAAAUCUGGAGGGAAACUUCAUGGCAAGUUUUCCCUCGUUGAUUUAGCUGGGAAUGAAAGAGGAGCAGAUACUGCCAAAGCCAACCGAAAAAGGCAGCUAGAAGGUGCAGAGAUUAAUAAGAGUCUACUCACACUGAAAGAAUGCAUCCGGGCUUUGGGGAGGAACAAGUCUCACACCCCUUUCAGAGCCAGCAAACUCACACAGGUGCUCCGGGAUUCUUUUAUUGGUCAGAACUCAUUUACUUGCAUGAUUGCUACUAUCUCUCCCGGUAUGGGUUCCUGUGAAAACACGCUCAACACUUUGAGAUAUGCCAACAGAGUGAAAGAAUUACCUCUAGAUUCAAGGCCCCCUCAACAUUGUUCCCAUCCAGUUGGAUAUGAGGUACCAAAGAUGUUGCAAAAUCACAUCAGAAAUGCAGAUGUGUCCCUUCAAACAGAUCAGUUCGUUAGAAAUCCAGGUAUUCAAAAUGAAGCAAAGGACAACACGAAAGACAACAGAAUAUUGUCCACUCCAUUUAUUCAAGUUCCAAGAGUUUUAUUGAAGACAUCCGGUCAGUGGUCUGAAAGCAGUGUGCAGAAUCCAGCUGAUCUGAUAAAUGCUGACGUUGAGUUUUGGAUUGCCCAGUUAUUAUUCAUUUUGGAUGAAAAAAUAGGUAUUCUGACUAAGAUUCGAAAAAACCUGAAAUCAUUACAAACUGACCUUCAAAAGAAGCAUAAGAUAGAGUGA